GUCCCUAUCCUUGUAGAAUAACUUUACAGCCCUUGGAUCGAGAAGUUCACAAGCAAGGAGGGCGGUUAUAUUUUGUCCAGAGAGUUGUACCCUGAACCAAUCCGAUUAGGGUUCUUCGUAUGAGCCAGUAACGCCAAAAUAUAAAACAAUCACACGACGCGGUUUCUUUACACUACCAGUACACAACAGUUGAAUUGUGAUUAGAAAUGUACAACGGCAUCGGGUUACAGACGCCGAGGGGCUCCGGGACCAACGGUUACAUUCAAACAAACAAGUUUUUCGUCAAGCCGAAGACGGGUAGGGUUACUGACAACACCAAGGGAUUCGAGGCCGGGCAGGGCACGGCUGGCGUCACCAGGAAGCCAAACAAGGAGAUCCUUGAGCAUGAGCGUAAACGUCAGAUUCAGCUUAGGCUCGUGGUGCUUGAGGACAAGCUUGUUGACCAGGGUUACACGGAGGCCGAGAUUUCUGAGAAGCUUGAGGAAGCUAGAAAGACGUUGGAAGCCGCUGCAGCUUUUGAGGAAGGUGAUGGACCAACUGCUAGCGUCGUUGGCGAUGCAAAGGUGUCUGAAACAGAAACUCACAAAAUUGCCGCUAGAAAGGAGAAGCAGAUUGAACAAUUUAGGGCAGCUCUAGGUAUAAGUACUGCUGAAUCUAAUGAAAGAGCUGAGGGAGGUAAUGAUGGAACAGGUGGUCAAAAGAAUGGUUCAAAUGAUGAUAGAAAGUGGCUUGAGAAAAGUGAACAUGCUUUUUUGGAUAGAGAGACCAGCUGGAAUAGACAUAUCGCAGAAGAUGGGAAAGAUGGAAAAUCUGAGAAGGAUGAUAAGCAAAAGGUUAAUAAAGAUGUGAGACAUAAGAAGGAUAAGGCUCAGCACCACAAGCUAGAUGGUAAAAAGAGAAGACAAAGGGAUGAUUCUUCUGAUUCAGAUAGCAGCAUUAAGCAUAGCAGAGGGAUUUCAAAGAGGCAUCGUAAAGGUAGCCCAAGGAUUGAUUCUGAGAGUGAGACUGAUAGUGAUCAUGGUAAGAAAGCAGGUAAAUAUUCAAAGAAGCACAGGAAAAGCAGAAAACAGUUUAGUGACAGUUCUGAUUCCUCCAGUGAUGACGAUGACAUUGUUAAGGUUAGUUCCAAAAGGGAAGCUGAUAAAUAUGGAAAAUCCCAUAGGAGGCAUGAAUCAGAUGAUAGUUAUGAUUCUGAUGAAGGCUUAUAUAAACCCAAGAUUCAGAAGAAGGAGCAGAAUAUAAAAACAAGAGCACCGCAAGAUUCUGAGGAUGACUCUGAUACCAGCAGUGACUUUGAAAAGAAAAGAAGUCAAAUCGGAAAAAAGAAUUAUCAGCAGGGUGGAAGCCAUAGGAGAGAGAGAGAAAAUUCUGAUGUGAAGCCUCAUAGGAAGAGCAAUUAUGAUAGAUAUGGAAAAAGCACUAGAAAUCAUGAUGAUAAAGACUUGGUAAAGAGGAACGCCAGGAGGGAUGAGUCUGAUGAUGAUUUUUCUGAUGCUAGUAGUGGUGAUAAAUUUGAGAAGAGUAGAAGUAGGAAACAUGAUUCUGAUGAAGAAGAUUCAGAUUCCAGUUAUGGAAGAAGAAGGUCUAAGGCAAUUGAAAAGAAGUCGUCUUCUCUGACCGAUGAUAGUGAUAAUAGUGACUCUCAUAGGGGAAUCGACAGUGAUUCAGACAGUAGUGGGAGUAAUGACAGACAUGAGAGAAGUGGGAGAAACUCUUUGGGUAAAAAAAGAAGUGGACAUAGAGAUGCUGAUAAUGAUAGGGGUGGACAAAGUGGUCCUCAAUCAGGUCGUGCUUUAAGUGACAGAAGGCGAGGAAGUGAUCUCGACAAUGAUGCCACAUUAGAGACAUUGAAAAAACUAGAGGAGAAAAGUCUGCACCAUUCUAGGCAAGAUGCUGGUGAUAGGUAUAGAUCCACCUCUGGACAUGAGGAAAGGAUGAUGGGUAAGAGUAAGUUUGAUGAUGGAAACCGGGAGGAGUAUCUGGAAUCAAAAUUAAAAAGUCGGAUUGUUGGGAAGGACACAGAGCACAAAGAUCAUCCAGCAAAUGUGAAUCUUGAGUCCGAAAUGGGCUCUGGAUUGUACAAAAACAAGGAUAAUCAGAGGGGAGAUGACUGGGGUUACAAAGAAAAUGCAGGGAGGAGGAGGCAAAGCAGGGAUGAAGAGGAGCAAAAGGAGAGAAAGCGCCAAAGAGAUGAUGAAGAAUAUGCUGGGGUCAGAAGGCUCAGUAGGGAUGAAGAAGAGCGUAAAGAGAGAAGGCAUCCAAGAGAUGAGGAGGAGCAUGCAGGGGGAAGGAGGUACGGCCGAGAUGAAGAGGGGAAUAAAGAGAGAAGUUUCCGGAGAGGCAGGGAUGAGCAUGUAGGGGGAAGAAGGCACAACAGGGAUGAAGAAGAGGAGCUUAAAGAGAGAAAGCGCUAUGAUGAUGACGAAGAACCUGUUGGUGGAAGAAGGCACACCAGGGGUGAAGAGGAGCGUAAUGGGAGAAAACACCAAAGAGAUGAGGAAGAGUAUCGCAAAUAUCAAAGGCAUGGCGAAGAUGAUGAAGGGCUCCAUCAAGGUAGUCGAAGGCAUGGAAGAGGGGAGGAAGAAGAAAGACGAAGUAAAGGCCAUGAGCAGGAAAAACAAUCUCAUUACUCCAAAAGAGGUAGAUAUGAUGAUUCUCGGUCAAGUGAGAGGAAGAGGUACAAAGGUGAUGAUGACUGGGGCAGAUAUCGAGACUAAAUGUGCUCUAUGAGAUUCAGAGGAUAGCUGCUUUGCCAAGCAGAUUCCGAAUGUAAACAUUCUCCAGUAGCUGAAUGACUUCAUUUAAGUUUAGAAAGGUGGAAACUCUGCUGCAUGUAUUGGUGAUACAGAGCAAGUGCUGAUUUCUAUGAGAGGUUUUUAAGCUCUGAUACAGUUUUCUCGUACCAGUUUGUGAAGGUGUAUUGCUGGAUAAUAUUUGGUUAUUUGUUGAAUGCAUUUGCCCUUAGUUUAUUAUGCCAAGGUGACCGUGGAAAAUGGUCUUAUUGCGUGGCUGAAGGAACUUCGGUGACAAAUAUAGUACUUGCCAUCUCAUAAUGUACUUGGUUUUCUUGUCUUUUAAGGAUUUGAUUAUUUUAACGAAAACUUAAUUCUAUGGUGUAA